AUGGAAUUCCCCUUUGGGUCCCUGCAAACUACCCACUUCCGUCGACUCACUCCAGAGUCCCUGGUGGAGAUUGAAAAGCGAAUUGCUGCCAAGCAGGCAACCAAGAAAGUCAAAGGGAAGAACAAGAAACAAAAGGACCAAGAAGAGAAACCUCGGCCCCAGCUGGACUUGAAGGCCUGCAACCAGCUGCCCAAGUUCUAUGGUGAACUCCCAGCAGAGCUGAUUGGGGAACCCCUCGAGGACCUGGACCCCUUCUACAGCAUAUCUCGGACAUUCAUGGUGCUGAACAAAGGGAGGACCAUUUCCCGGUUCAGUGCCACGCAGGCCCUGUGGUUAUUCAGUCCUUUCAACUUGAUCAGAAGAACAGCUAUCAAAGUGUCUGUCCACUCAUAUCCUUUAUGGUUCAGUUUAUUUAUCACAGUCACUAUUUUGGUCAAUUGUGUCUUGAUGACCCAGAGUGAUCUUCCAGAGAAAAUCGAGUAUCUCUUUACUAUUAUUUACACCUUUGAAGCCCUGAUAAAGAUAUUGGCAAGAGGAUUUUGUCUAAAUGAGUUCACUUACCUGAGAGAUCCUUGGAACUGGCUGGAUUUCAGCGUCAUCACAUUGGCAUACAUUGGUGAAGCCAUAGAUCUCCGGGGGAUCUCAGGCCUGAGGACCUUCAGAGUUCUCAGAGCUCUGAAAACUGUUUCUGUCAUCCCAGGACUCAAGGUCAUCGUGGGGGCCCUGAUCCACUCAGUGAGGAAGCUGGCCGAUGUGACCAUCCUUACCGCCUUCUGCCUGAGUGUGUUCGCCCUGGUGGGUCUGCAGCUCUUCAAGGGCAACCUCAAGAACAAGUGCUUCAAGGCUUGCGCCACUCCCAACAAGACAGCCAACACCUCCUCUCAUGAACACAGGUACCUAAUAAAGAACGGCACCUCUGAUGAUCCUCUCCUAUGUGGCAAUGGAUCUGAUGCUGGACACUGCCCUACUGGUUACAUCUGCCUUAAAACAUUUGAAAACCCGGACUAUAACUAUACCAGCUUCGAUUCCUUCUCUUGGGCUUUUCUCUCACUGUUUCGCCUCAUGACACAAGACUCCUGGGAACGCCUCUACCAGCAGACCCUGAGGGCUUCUGGGAAAAUAUACAUGGUCUUUUUUGUACUAGUCAUCUUCCUGGGAUCUUUCUACCUGGUCAAUCUGAUCUUGGCUGUGGUUACCAUGGCAUACGAGGAACAGAACCAGGCGACCCUCGAUGAAAUUGAAGCAAAGGAGAAGAAGUUCCAGGAGGCCCUUGAGAUGCUCCGAAAGGAGCAGGAGGUGCUGGAAGCCCUCAGGAUUGACACCGCCUCCCUCCACUCCCACAGUGGCUCUCCUCCAGUCUUUAAAAGUGCCAGUGAGAGAAAGCACAGAAUGAAGCCAAAGCUGUCAGAGGGCUCCACAGACGACAGCAAAUCACCUCAAUCUGAGUCUUAUAACCAGCGCAGAAUGUCAUUCCUAGGCCUCACCUCUGGGAAACGCCGAACUAGCCAUGGAAGUGUGUUCCGGAUGCCCAGCCGAGAUCUCUCUUUCCCUGAUGGGGCUGCGGAUGAUGGAGACCGAGAAAGCCAUCGGAACUCUGUGCUGCUGGGUGGAGUUGCAGGCCAACAAGGGCCCCUCCCUGGGAGCCCUCGGCUUCAGCACCCCACCCCUGGCUCAGGACAGGGGGAAGAUGGGCAGCCUGCGUUGCUGACUAGUGAGCUCACUCCUGGAGCCCUUGAAAUCUCGGCAAGUGACCCGGGACAGAAGACUUUCUUAUCAGCAGAGUACUUGAACGAGCCUUUCCGAGUCAAGAGAGCAUUGAGUGUGGUCAGCAUCAUGACCUCAGUCCUGGAGGAACUCGAGGAGUCUGAGCGGAGGUGCCCACCUUGCUUCACCAGCUUGGCCAAGAAGUAUCUGAUCUGGGAGUGCACACCAGCAUGGCUGACGUUCAAGAACGCACUCCUGGAGGUCGUGACGGACCCCUUUGCAGAGCUCACCAUCACUCUGUGCAUCGUGGUGAACACAGUCUUCAUGGCCAUGGAGCACCACGGCAUGAGCUCCGGCUUUGUGACCAUGUUCCAGAUAGGCAACUAUGUCUUCACGGCUUUUUUCACCGCUGAGAUGAUCCUCAAGGUCAUUGCCUUUGACCCCUACUAUUACUUCCAGAAGAAGUGGAACAUCUUCGACUGCAUCAUCGUCACCGUGAGCCUGAUGGAGCUGGGCAUGGCGAAGAAGGGGAGCCUGUCUGUGCUGAGGACCUUCCGCCUGCUGCGGGUCUUUAAACUGGCCAAGUCCUGGCCAACCUUAAAUACACUCAUCAAGAUCAUUGGAAACUCAGUGGGGGCGCUGGGGAAUCUCACCUUCAUCCUGGCCAUCAUUGUGUUUAUCUUCGCUCUGGUUGGCAAGCAGCUACUCGGGGACAACUACAAUCAAGACCAGUGCAACUUCUCCGAGCCCAAUGAGCACUGUCACCGCUGGCACAUGCACGACUUCUUCCACUCCUUCCUCAUCGUCUUUCGGAUCCUUUGUGGAGAGUGGAUUGAGAACAUGUGGGUCUGCAUGAAUGGGGGCCAGCAGUCCAUAUGCCUUAUCCUCUUCCUGACGGUGAUGGUGCUGGGGAACCUGGUGGUGCUCAACCUGUUCAUUGCCCUGCUGCUCAACUCCUUCAGCGCAGACAACCUCACGGCCCCCGAGGAAGAUGGGGAGGUGAACAACCUGCAGGUGGCGCUGGCCCGUAUCCAGGUGUUCGGGGGCCGCAUGGGGACAGCCCUGCGCCACCUAUUCCACAGGCCCUGCCUGCUCCCCAAGACCAAAGCCGAGCCCCAGCUGGCCGCCAAGCUCCCCCUCUCCAACUGCAAAGCCGAGAACCACAUCCCGGCGGAUGCGACGGUCCACCAAAGCACAGAAGGAGCCCCAGCUCCCAGGGGCCCCAGGGAUGACCACACCAACUUCGUCGCCAACCCCGACGUGUGGGUGUCUGUGCCCAUCGCUGAGGGUGAGUCUGACCUGGAGGACUUGGAGGAAGAUGGCGUGAAGGAUGCCCCCAGUCCCAGGCAGGUGAGUGUCCCCAGAGGGACAGAGCAGCCACAGCAAGCUGAGAGGUGUGAGGCCCAGCUGGCAGCAAGGAGCCCAGGCUCUGGGAUGUCCUCUGAGGACCUGGCUCCCUACCUGGGUGAGGAGUGGAGAGAUGGAACUGCAGCUCCACUCUCUGCAGAGGGAGCCGGUGACACAAGCUCCUCCGAAGGCAGCACAGUGGACUGCCUGGACCCUGAGGAGAUCCUGAAGAAGAUCCCUGAGCUGGCAGAUGACCUGGAAGAGCCUGAGGACUGCUUUGCUGAAGGCUGCAUCCGCCACUGUCCCUGGUGCCAGGUAGACACCACCACGUCCCCAUGGGCCACGGGCUGGCGGCUGCGUAAGAUCUGCUUCCGCAUCGUGGAGCACAGCUGGUUCGAGAGCUUCAUCAUCUUCAUGAUCCUGCUCAGCAGCGGGGCACUGGCCUUUGAAGAUGUUCACCUGGAGGAGAAGCCCAGAGUGAAGACGCUGCUGGAGUGCUCAGACAGGGUCUUCACAUUCGUCUUCGUGCUGGAGAUGCUGCUGAAGUGGGUGGCCUACGGCUUCAAGAAGUACUUCACUAACGCCUGGUGCUGGCUUGACUUCCUCAUCGUGAAUAUCUCACUGACAAGCCUCAUAGCGAAUAUCCUGGAGUAUUCUGAGAUGGCACCUAUCAAAGCCCUCCGGACCCUUCGUGCCCUGAGACCACUACGGGCUCUGUCUCGAUUUGAAGGCAUGCGGGUGGUCGUGGACGCCCUGGUGGGCGCCAUCCCGUCCAUCAUGAACGUCCUCCUCGUCUGCCUCAUCUUCUGGCUCAUCUUCAGCAUCAUGGGCGUCAACCUCUUUGCAGGGAAGUUCUGGAGGUGUGUCACCACCAUCAGUGGUGAUGUCUCUCUUCUGAACUCUUCCACGGUGAACAACAUGUCCGAGUGUAAAGAGUACAACUACACCGGCAACUUCUUCUGGGUCAACGUGAAGGUCAACUUUGAUAAUGUCGCCAUGGGUUACCUUGCACUUCUGCAGGUGGCAACAUUUAAGGGCUGGAUGGACAUCAUGUAUGCCGCCGUCGAUUCCCGAGAUCUGAAUCAGCAGCCCAAGUGGGAGGAAAGCUUAUACAUGUACUUGUACUUUGUCAUCUUCAUCAUUUUCGGUGGCUUCUUCACACUGAACCUCUUCGUGGGAGUCAUAAUUGACAACUUCAAUCAGCAGAAGAAAAAGUUAGGAGGUCAGGACAUCUUCAUGACAGAGGAGCAGAAGAAGUACUACAAUGCCAUGAAGAAGCUGGGCUCCAAGAAGCCCCAGAAGCCCAUCCCACGACCCCAGAACAAGUACCAGGGCUUCAUUUUUGACAUCGUGACCCGACAAACCUUCGAUAUCGCCAUCAUGGUCCUCAUCUGCCUCAACAUGAUCACCAUGAUGGUGGAGACUGAUAACCAGAGUGAAGAAAAGACCAAAGUCCUCAACAGAAUCAACCAGUUCUUUGUGGCCGUCUUCACAGGCGAGUGUGUCAUGAAGAUGUUCGCCUUGAGACAUUACUACUUCACCAAUGGCUGGAAUGUGUUUGACUUCAUUGUUGUGGUCCUCUCCAUUGGGAGCCUGGUGUUUUCUGCAAUCCUGACAUCACUGGAAAAUUACUUCUCUCCAACGCUCUUCCGCGUCAUCCGCCUGGCCCGCAUCGGCCGCAUCCUCAGGCUCAUCCGAGCAGCCAAGGGCAUCCGCACGCUGCUCUUUGCCCUCAUGAUGUCCCUGCCCGCCCUCUUCAACAUCGGCCUCCUCCUCUUCCUCGUCAUGUUCAUCUACUCCAUCUUCGGCAUGACCAGCUUCGCCUACGUCAAGUGGGAGGCCGGCAUCGACGACAUGUUCAACUUCCAGACCUUCGCCAACAGCAUGCUGUGCCUCUUCCAGAUCACCACGUCGGCCGGCUGGGAUGGCCUCCUCAGCCCCAUCCUCAACACGGGCCCCCCCUACUGCGACCCCAAUUUUGUCAACAGCAACGGCUCCCGGGGGAACUGCGGGAGCCCGGCUGUGGGCAUCCUCUUCUUCACCACCUACAUCAUCAUCUCCUUCCUCAUCGUGGUCAACAUGUACAUCGCCGUCAUCCUGGAGAACUUCAACGUGGCCACGGAGGAGAGCACCGAGCCUCUGAGCGAGGACGACUUCGACAUGUUUUACGAGACCUGGGAGAAGUUCGACCCCGAGGCCACCCAGUUCAUCACCUUCUCGGCCCUCUCGGACUUCGCUGACACUCUCACCGGCCCUCUGCGCAUUCCCAAACCCAACCGGAAUCUGUUAAUCCAAAUGGACCUGCCCCUGGUGCCCGGAGAUAAGAUCCACUGUCUGGAUAUCCUUUUUGCCUUCACCAAGCACGUGCUAGGAGAAUCCGGGGACCUGGAUUCUCUGAAGGCAAAUAUGGAGGAGAAGUUUAUGGCCACGAAUAUUUCAAAAGCAUCCUACGAACCCAUAGCCACCACCCUCCGGUGGAAGCAGGAAGACAUCUCGGCCACUGUGAUUCAGAAGGCCUACCGGAGCUAUGUUCUGCACCGCUCAGUCAUUCCUUGCAACUCCAGAGGGCUGCCUGGUGCCCAAGAGGAGGACGCUGAGUCCCCGCCAGACGCAUUCAUGGCAAACGAGGACCCUGCACUCCCAGACAAAUCCACGACUGCUUCUGCCACCUCCUUCCCACCAUCCUAUGACAGUGUCACCAGAGGCCUCAGUGGCCAAGUGAACAUAAGCACAUCCAGCUCUGUGCAGAUGGAGGAUGAAGCCACGGGUCAUCGAACACCCACCCCCGAGCCCCAGUGAGGACACUCGCAUGGACAGCUCCACUUCUGGAAUGACCUCCCACUUUGUGAUGACUCUUUCCUCCUCUGGGUGGCACCAGCUACCACUUCGCCAAUGCAUGUCACACUGAUCAUGAUGUCAGAGCUGGGCAGGGAGCACCCUCAGGACCUCCUCCCCUACCCUCGUACCCCCAUUUAGAAAGACACCCCCAGCCCCCUGAUUCCACUCACAGGCAUCAGGAACAGAAGGCAUGUCACAAUGCCUUCCUUUGCAUUUCAGUAUCAUGGUUGCCAUCACUUCCAGAAAAAUGCCCCUGGUCCUGCUAUUAGUAUUGUGACCAGCCUUUACCUAGACUGGGACC